GUACCGCGGAGUAUUUUGCCUGCUGCCAGUCGCUACGAAGUCGCUGUUAGGAACGCACGUGUACUUAGAAAUACAGUUCCCGCCUUUCGUGAUACCUGUGAUAAGGCACAUUGGAUAUGAACCCAGCUACAAGAUAACAUCAUGACGUAAUUAAAGAACGACUCCAUAAUGGACGGGAACCUCCAAACAGAUUUUUCUACAAAAACGAAGCGAGGAAUCUACGUUUCAAAAAGCCUCGCUUGUGUUAUUUUCGUCAUCGUAUCCCUUGCACUAGUUGCUACUGCUUUUAUAGUGUACAACUUCGCUGCUUGCCCAAGAACUGAUCAUUUAGCUAACGUCACUAAAUAUGAACUUAGUCUUUGCGAUCCAGCUAAACAUUUAGUUAUUCCUCUCAGCACUGAAGCCAGUAAAACCACGACAAUCUUUGAAACCACAGCAAAUUCGGUUGAAACUACUACAGAGCUUAAUAAAAUCACCGAUGUUAAUCUUAGGCUACCAACAAAUGUAAAACCAGAUAGGUAUUUUCUUAAGUUAACUCCGUACCUAUUUGAUGGAAAUUUCACUUUCGACGGUGAGCUUAGUAUAGUUAUAACAGUAAAAAAUGAUACAGACAGAGUGACAUUUCAUGGUGUUGAAUUGGAUUUCCAUAAAAUAGCAUUGCACAAGAAAGAAGAUGGAAGACAGAUUGUAAUAACGAGACGAAGUGAAGAUAUACAGAAGCAAUUUCAAAUUCUGUCAACGGCUGAGUCAUUAAAAGCGGGGCAGCAAUAUGUUUUGAAUAUAACAUAUACUGGAAUAUUAAAUGAUAACUUACAUGGAUUUUAUAGAAGUUCGUAUGAAGAGAAGAAAGUUAAAAGAUGGAUUGCAGUCACACAAUUCCAAGCUACUGAUGCUCGCCGUGCUUUCCCGUGCUGGGACGAGCCAGCUCUCAAGGCUCGGUUCACCAUCAGUAUCGCUCGACCAGCUAAUAUGAGUUCGGUGUCAAACAUGAACCUAGUUAAGAAGGAACCUCAUGAAAUCCUCAAAGACUACGUUUGGGACCACUAUGCUGAAUCGUUACCAAUGUCGACCUAUCUUGUCGCGUUUGCUGUCACAGACUUCGGUACCAUGAGCUUGAACAAUUUCUCCGUUUGGACAAGAAGAGAGGCUUUGCCAUCUGCGUCUUACGCCUUGGAUAUUGGCCCGAAGAUAUUGAAGUUCUUGGAAGAUUACUACAAAAUUAAGUUUCCUUUGCCUAAGAUUGAUAUGAUUGCGUUGCCAGACUUCAAGGCUGGUGCAAUGGAAAAUUGGGGACUAUUAACUUUUAGAGAGAUAGCAAUGUUGUACGAGCAAGGAUUGUCACCGACCACAGCUAAGGCCAGGGUAGCGUCGGUAGUAGCGCACGAGAUAGCCCACCAGUGGUUCGGUAACCUGGUGACACCAGCCUGGUGGUCAGACAUAUGGCUGAACGAAGGCUUUGCCAGCUACGUGGAGUACGUCGCUGUUGAUGCGAUUGAAAAAACUUGGAAGUUAAUGGAAGUAUUUGUGCUGAACGAAGUACAAAGUGUAUUCAAAUUAGACGCUUUAACAUCAUCGCAUCAGAUAUCAGUUGAAGUAGGAAACCCAGAAGAGAUUGGAGCUAUAUUUGAUAAGAUCUCUUACGGAAAAGGUUCCGCGAUUCUUCGUAUGAUGAAUCAUUUUCUAACUGAUGACGUCUUCAAUGCGGGUAUCACCGAUUAUUUGAACGCUAAAAAGUAUGGUGAUGCUGAACAGAAGGACUUAUGGAGUGCCCUGACGAAUGUUGCGAGAGAGAAAGGUGCUUUUGAUGCUGACGUGGCUGUUGUAAUGGACUCUUGGACGUUGCAAACUGGAUUCCCUGUUGUGACCAUUAAUAGGAACUACAAAACUGGGGAGAUUACUUUAAGACAGGAGAGGUUUGUCCUGAUAAAUAACACUGAAGACCAACAAAACCCAGUCUGGUGGAUUCCAGUGUCAUAUACGACCGCUUCGGAAAAGGACUUUGAAUCGACGAAGCCUAAGCUAUGGCUUAGAGGGGAGCGGUCUGUUGUUGUUUCUAAUAUGUCUAUCAGCAAUGAAGAAUGGAUUAUAGCUAAUAUACAACAGACAGGAUUCUAUCGAAUAAAUUACGACAAAAGUAACUGGGGCAUGCUUGUUAAAGUGCUCAACGAUCCGAAUCGGUUCGAAGAUAUUCAUCCGAUAAAUCGAGCACAAAUUGUUGACGAUGCAAUGAAUUUGGCACUAUCCGGGCGAAUAGACUACCGGUUAGCACUAGAUAUAACCAGUUAUUUGAGCCACGAAAGGAGCUAUGUGCCUUGGAAGGCUGGACUUGUUGCUCUUGGAUAUAUAGAUACUAUGUUGUCUAAGGGCGCUUAUUAUUUGGAAUAUAAGCGUUACGUUCUUCGUCUCUUGAGCGGUGCUGUCAAGGAUGUAGGCUGGGAAGUAUCGUCCAAUGAGAGCGUGGUACGAGCUCAGCAUCGCGUCGACAUGUUGUCCACAGCAUGUCACCUGCAGCAAGUGAAUUGUUUGGAGCAUGCCGUCGUUAUGUACACCAACUGGAUGCUAGAACCUAAUCCAGAUUCCGCAAAUGAAAUUCACCCGGACAUCAGAAGUACCGUGUACUGUGUCGGAGUGCAGGCUGGUGGCGCUCGUGAGUGGAACUUUGCGUGGGAUCGCUUCCUGCAAGCGAGCGCUCCUUCAGAAAGAGAACUUCUGUUGUCAGUGCUGGGAUGUACCAGGGCACCAUACCUUUUGUACAGGUAUUUAGAUCUGUCGCUUCGCAAUGACAGUGGGAUUCGUAAACAAGACACAGUGAGGGUGUUUUCAGCCGUCGCGAGUUCUUCUAUUGGGGAACCUAUUGCUUUCAGCUUUGUGAGAGCAAAUUGGCAGAAGCUUAAGGAAUACGUGGGAUCUGUUUCAACACUUAAUUCAAUAUUAAAAGUUGUAACCAGGAGAUUAAACCAACCACACGAAUAUGAUGAGCUGAAACGGUUCGUGUCAGAGUACGCCAGUGAUUUAGGUCGACCAGUCCAGCAAAUUCUCGAGCGGACAGAGGCCAACGUACAAUGGAUGGAGAGGAACUAUAAAACGAUAGUCGACUGGCUGCUCGCAGCUGACAAGUCGACAGAUGCGUGAUGAUAGAUUAAAUUAAUUAAUUAGUCUAAAUUAUUCGUAUUUUUUAUAAGUGUUCUUUAUGAUUAAGAUUAAAUAAUUAAUGCUUAA